CUCUCCGGCGAUACCAUAUUAUAUUUCUGCUCGCUCUUGCUGGUGGUGUUUCCUUUCCUCCGUAUUUUGAUGCAUGAAUGGACGGAAGGAAGAAGGCAAAGCUUAGCAGCAGCAGCAGAGAAGAAGACCGAGCGAAAUCCGCCGAUCCGAAACCCGGGUGUGGAGUGGAAGGAGGAGGAGGAGGAGGAAACUCGAGAGAAAGUUGAAGCACCACGAAGACGACGACGACGACGACGAGAGGAGGAGGUGGUGGUGGUCAUAGUAGGAGUACCACCAGUGUUGUCAGUUGUCAGUGAAGCCGGUGAGUUAGGAGGAAGUGAAGAAAGCCAGAAGUAGAGGAGGACUCAGAAGUCGGAUUGCUUCAGAUACGCUCAGCGUCUCAACCAAGCAGCACCACUCUUCACGUCAGAACAGAAGAAGAGACAAGUCCAUGAGUGGAAGAAGGGACCUACUCGCCACUAAUUCAUUUCAGUGAGUCAGCAAGUGAGAGUGAAAGUGGGCUAGAUGCGGAUGAACCACAAGGUGUAGAAGGGAAUGCGAUGAUGGAUCCUUGGAGUACUGCGGAUCACUUGGUGUUGAUGUCUUCUGAUGACCGGCACCAUCACUCUCUGUCACCCCUCCUCAUCAAGAAGGAGAGCAACAGUUCGGACUUUGCGUCUUCUUCCCCACAGCAUCACGAUGAAAGGCAUGCAAUGUCCCCAACAACCACCAUUCACUCCGAGCUCGACUUUAGUGCUGGUGGAUCCACGGCUUUCGCGUCACUCUCUCCCAAGAGCGAGCAUGCCACGUUGACCCUCAACAGUGGGGGUGGCUACGAGGGGCACCACCACAGCCACAUCAGACGACCGAGUGGUUAUGACGACUCUGGCUCCUCACCAGACUCGCCCGAUCGCCAUUUCUGCUCCUCCACCACAGCUGCAGAUCUCAAUAACCAUUCGCGUUCAGAGGAGACUGGGAGAGAGGAUGGUAGCGACGGUCCGAAACGUCUUUGUCUCGUUUGUGGAGACACUGCGAGCGGAUUUCAUUACGGGGUCGCGUCGUGUGAAGCAUGCAAAGCCUUUUUUAAGAGGACAAUUCAAGGAAACAUUGAGUAUACUUGCCCCGCAUCGAAUGACUGCGAGAUAAACAAGCGACGACGGAAAGCAUGUCAGGCUUGCCGUUUUCAGAAAUGCUUGAGAAUGGGGAUGUUAAAAGAAGGAGUCCGACUUGACCGGGUGCGUGGAGGGAGGCAAAAGUAUCGACGCAACUCAGAUAUGCCAUAUCCCGUUGUAACACCACCAAAGAAGCCGACGCUAGAAGAUAACAAAGUGCUGAUGGCUUUACUCGGCAGUGAGCCUGCAAUCCCACUAGCUGGCGAAUCUUCUUCAAUUGAAUCUGCCGAAUUACGAGCCAUCACUCUUCUCAGCAGUUUGUACGACAGGGAAAUCAUCUCCAUUAUUGGAUGGGCUAAGCAUGUUCCAGGAUUCACGGAGCUAACUUUGAACGACCAGAUGCGUCUUCUGCAAUCGACAUGGGCCGAAGUUCUCACCCUCUCACUCGCCUUCCGCUCUGUUGGUCUCGAUGGACGACUUGUAUUUGCCUCUGACCUUUCUUUGGACGAAAAGGCGGCUCGUGAUGCCGGUGUGGUAGACCUUUUCCUACCGUGCAUGCAAGUUGUAGAACGCCUGGAACGUGUUGGAAUCACACGAGAGGAAUUUUGCAUCAUGAAAGCACUCGUCCUGGUCAAUGCAGACACGCGGAUUGAAGAGCACGUCUCCGUCAAGAAACUGAGGGACUCGAUUCUCAUGGCGUUAAGUGAUUGCGUCUCCGUUUUAAGACCAUCCAAUCUCAGCCCAAACCAGAUGCAAACUCUUCUCCUAACUCUUCCAUCCCUCCGUCAAUCUGAUGCUGCCGUGAAAAAAUUUUGGUUGGGAAUCCGUCGAGAAGGGAAAGUGUCCAUGAACAAACUCUUUGUUGAAAUGUUGGAGGCACAUUUUCGUUAAAAAUUAACCAUCGACAACUGUCCAUUAUUUAAAUGGACGGCUUUAAUUGCCUUUGAUAGUCGAGCGAAGGAAAAUUACACAUUUUGCCCAAACAAAAGUGAAGAGAGAAAGAAUGUACAAACUCCCUGCCGCUAGUUGUGUAGUUAGCAAAAUUUUAUGAAACGUAAUGUAAUAUAUAUAACAUAUAUACAUAUAAAGUAAUAGGUCCCUCGUUAAAUUAUCUGCAAAAAGAACCAACCAAACUCUCCCACCCCCACAAACAAAGCAACGUCGGCACGUCACACAUUCAUUAAUGUGUCGUCGUUUGUAUUUUAAGAACGGCGAAUCGUUUUUAGAAGACGCAUAUCAAAAAAAAUUGUUGCGCGUUUAAAUUGGAUGAUUCUAUAUAUAAUUUAAAAAUUGGAACUAUAUGAAAUGACUGACGACAAAGGAGAUGACGAGCGCGUGUAUAUGAUGUGAUUUUGGAUGCGGGUCUCAUUUUUUAUAGGCUAAACAAAUUAUACACAAACAAAUAGUAUAAUUAAAUAGGGAUAAGAAAGAAAAGGAUAACAAAAUACAAGAACAAGAAUUAUUAUGUAAACCUACCUGCUUACAUCACAAUUAACUAAGGACUACUACAAAUCUGCACUGCAAAAUCUCUGCUAAAAAUGGGAAUGACUGAAAAAUCACUAUGAAUUAGGAACUGGAACAAGUGACCUGUAAGGUUUAAUCAUCUACAUAUGUAUGAACUCAAGUUAGACAAAAAAUGGAUAUGAAAAGGCCAAUGAUAAGUGCUUGGCAGCUGGACUGUGUGAGCAUAUUGCACAAUAUGCAGUAGUGAUGAUUAUGAUAGAUAGUUGAACUAAAGGAAAAAAAUACUUGAGGACAUGUCGAAUGUCCUGGGCGUGGCUGAAAGGAAAACAAUUGAAAAGACUGCGAGUUAGAAAAUAUAAAACAAUAUUCCUAAUUCGAUUAAUUAUUUAGAAGAACAAAACCAAAAAUAUAUAUGUUUUCGAUUUUGCCUUUGUCUUCAGUGUUUUGCACUUUUCGACCUCGAAGUCAAAGAGAGGAGGAGAACUACGUCUUAUUAUUGGUGCUUUAGUUAUUGAUAUGAUUACCGGAUGAUACUAAAUAGAAUGCUGUGACUGUGACUGACCUGCGUAUGACCUACGUACAUAUAUUACCGUUGACUAAAAUGCCGUGGUGCUAUUCAUCAUCACCUUGUUGUUAUCUUUGCUAUGCAUUAUUAUUGUAUUAUUUAUUUCUGCUUGGUCUUGGGUUUUUUUAGAUGAUCUACAGAGGAAAAGAAACACAAAAGAUUUAUCGUUUAAAUAUAACUUCACCACAUAUUGUUAUACAUUUAUUUCGCUAUAAUAUAUUAUUCUAUAAAUAGAUCACCGUUUGUAAACUUACUAUAAUUUAAAAGCCAAUACCAAAGGAUUUGAGUAUAUAAUUAGUUCAAGAAAAACAUGUAUUUAACCUUCAUAAAACUAUUUGUAUUUGAUGACAAACCACAUUUAAUUAUUUUGUGACCGUGUGAUCGUAUCGGUCACACCAUUCGUUGAUUCAUGAGUACCUGAAUUACAUAAACAAAAAGAAGAAAGAAGAAGAGGAGGAAAACUAUUUUAGAUGUAAAACUUAUUAAAUGUAUAAAAAAUGUUAAUUAGCCUUGUUCUUGGAACAAGACGUCGUAACCGAUUGGUGCUGCGCCCUUUUAAAUAUGGAAACCAUUAUUGUUGUUAUAAAUUGAAAAGAUAAAUAAAAUAAAGAAAUGAUGCAGCUUAAAAUAUA